UGUUGCAUCUUAAUUAACUAUACUUUAAUAAGGUAAAAUCAAGAUGUCUGUGACUGACGAAAAUCAAUGGGAGUUAGUGACUAAAUCCAAAAAGCAGAAGAAUCUAGAAAAAAAGAUAAAUGUGCAUACCGAGAUAAAACGUAUAGCCGCUUUGCCACCGAAGCUUGAGGAGCUUUUACCGCCCGCACAACAGUAUCGGAAUUUGUUUGGCUCGAAAAAUAACAACAAGUCCUCGCCAGCGAAAUCAAACUCUAGCUCGGGAUCGCGGAAAGAGAGGUCGCCACGCAAGAACUCCACGAAUCCAACAAAAGCGUCCAUAAGCUCAACAACCAACGCAGAACAUGGAAAAAAACACCAGCAGCAAACGGCGAAAUCGCGAUCUCUGGAGCAGGCGUUUCGACAAAUUACUGCCGAUGAUUUUACCGCGCAGCUGGAGCAUUUGAAAUUCAUUUGUCCUGGUUCAGAAUUACGUUGGCUUAGCAGUAUUGCAAGCUAUUUUAAUGGCAUUUUAGCAUUCGACUGCGAUCCCACCUUCUCCGGCCGAAGUGCUCAGUAUCCCACUAAUUUGGCCAGUGGUCCAUUAAAACAGGCCAUAAUCGAGUUUUUGACCAGCGUGGGGGAAACAAAUUUGGAGUAUUUCUUCUACUCGCUGCUGGAUAGCAUGGCCACAGAACUGAAUAACAACCAAACCGUUGUUGGCCUCAAAUUUUUGCUGCAACUUAUUGGCCAGCACUGGCCGAGUAUUUGCUCGAGCAAUAUGGCCAAGACGGCUCUACUACGCAACUCAUAUCAGAACCGUGCCAUUAUCUGUCUAAGCAUAUUGUGGGCCAUAGGACAGGGCGGCUAUAAGUCGCUGACGGAUGGUGUAAAAGUAUGGCAAAAUAUCAUGUUUCCGAAUUUAGAGAUGAAAUCGUACACCAAGUUUGUGGUGGAAUAUAUGGAGCGUGUGCUAAACGCUGCUGCUGCUCGAGGACCUGAACCAUUGCAAAUCACUCAGUUGGAAUUCUUUUUAACGUACAAUGCUCUCAACAUACCUUUUCCACACAUUGCUAAAGAAUUGCAGCUAAGUUUAAAACGCAGCUCAGCGCAGUUGCUGCAAGUAUAUAUAACUAGUUCUUCGAAAAACACCAAUGUUUUCCUAACAUUGCUGCGCGAAAUCACAUCGCUGCACAAUCGAACUGAAAUUGAAGGCUGCAUCAGCUGCUUGUUGAGCAGUAGUGCCGACGAUUGCUUUAAAGUUUGGCGUAUGAACUACAAGAAACAGCAGCUACCUAGCAUGAUUCUGUUGCAAGCAAUAGACCAAAACUGGACGGAUUUCACGCAUGUUUUGACGCAAUCAAUUGCAUUCCAAAACUUUCUAACAGAGUCUGCAGUAUUUAACGAGGAAUUGCUCACAGGAAAGCGUCGCGAAGUUGAUGUAGACGAAUUACAAUCAGUAUUAGCGAAUGUGCAGGAGAAGAGCAGCGCACAACAAAAGAAGAACAAACAGAAUGCGGCACAAAAGAAGAAGUGCGGCUGCUGUAAAUGGACGCUGGGCAGCAUCCUAAUUGUGGCCCUUAUCGCCGGUGCACUCUGCUAUGACACCGAGGUGAACGGCAAAGGUGUCUUCGAGAAUUCGGCCACCGGCAAGGUGCUGAAAAAUGCCGGCGUUCUGCCGCACGUGCAGAAGGGCUGGUACGCUACCAUGAGUGCUAGUGCGCGUGGCUAUAAGUGGGCCGAGAAGAACGUGCCACCCUAUGCUCAGCCGGCGAUCAAAUUGGGCGGUGAUGUCUACAAGUUGGCGCGAAACACCCUAUGUAAUGCCAGCACAGCGGCAAGGACAUACUUCACGGCCAAGUGGCCGGUGGUGGCCAAGUUUAUUGACCAAUAUGUGCCGAAUCUGUCCAACAAACUCGAAGCAGCUGCUGUCAGCACCAAGACUCUUGUCGUCAACAGCUAUGACAAGUCUGCGGCGCUAAUCAAAGAGAAGGUGCUAGUUGGUCGCUUCUCGCCUGAGAACAUCAAUCAGGCGCUGAAUUUAACGCGAAAUGCCGCACUGGACUACUACAAUCAGUUUCACAAAAAGGUUGAUGCAUAUGCCAAGCUCAAAUGAUUCUAAACGUCGGGCACGUUUAGAAAUUAAUUCAACAACAGCAACAACAACAGCAGCAUCAACCACAACCACAACAACAACAACCAAUCAUGAAACCAACAAAACGCAGUAAGCGAAAAAGAAACCUAUUUGAGUGAAUUUCUUUUCGGCAUCUAGUAAAAAGUAAAGGAGCAGCAACACAGGAGGAAACACAUCUGCAUGUUCAUCUAAACACGCGCGGAGCUCAGUUUAUGUGUUAAAAGUGUUGCAAUCAUAACAAAAACAACAACUACAAUACCUUAUACAAUUCUUAGUAAAUUAAGUUGAACACGAACAUAUUAAAUUCAUAUAAAAACUGAUUAAGUGUAAAGUAAAGCAAGUAAUUUGAUGAAAAUCAGUUGGCAGCAGUUUGAAAUAGCUUUUUCGCUUACAAACUGUUUGCGACUGUUUGGUUAAAUUAUGAGACAUUUCCACGAAUUUCUACAAUAAAAAGUAUCUCGAUUAAUUUUAGAAUCUUUCGAAAUUUCGGUGAAUUGCAAACGAAAAACGAAAAUGCCCUUGUGUUGGGGGCGGCGCGAAACGUAAAACAUUUCCAAUUGCAUUUUUUAAAGCAAACAAAAUAUUGAAUUUAAACUAAAAACUUGAUAUCAAAUAUUUUGAAAUAGAAUUUAAAUUAUGCUAAUUUUUAAAAAACA